UACUUGCACAUUUGAUAGGAAUCAUUCGAGCUGUCAUUUACGUGUAGUGUUUGCGGUUCUUUAUUCAUUCAUUUGUUCAGUGAAAAUUCGAAGGAAAUUGAACAGUUACUGUUGCUUUAAUCUCCCGAGAACGCUUCGUCCACCUGUCGUACGUCAACUAGAACCGCUUCCGCACAAAAGUUCAGAUAUUACCCAUGGAUCGCUUACUGAGAUUAGGAGGCGCAAUGCCGCAGGCCCCACCGCCAACAGAUGCCCCAGUUGUGGACACCGCCGAGCAAGUAUACAUUUCCUCGUUGGCGCUACUGAAAAUGCUAAAGCACGGCCGUGCCGGAGUGCCGAUGGAAGUCAUGGGUCUCAUGUUGGGCGAGUUCGUUGACGAUUACACUGUUCAGGUUAUCGACGUGUUCGCUAUGCCUCAGACUGGAACCGGCGUUUCCGUCGAAGCCGUAGAUCCUGUCUUCCAAGCAAAAAUGUUGGACAUGCUGAAACAGACGGGACGGCCGGAGAUGGUCGUCGGGUGGUACCACUCACAUCCUGGCUUCGGUUGCUGGUUGUCAGGCGUCGAUAUAAACACACAACAGUCGUUCGAGGCACUGAGUGAAAGAGCCGUGGCCGUGGUGGUGGAUCCUAUCCAAUCAGUUAAGGGCAAGGUCGUCAUCGACGCCUUCCGACUAAUCAACCCUAACAUGCUAGUAUUGGGACAAGAGCCCCGGCAGACUACGUCGAAUCUGGGCCACUUGCAGAAACCCUCCGUGCAGGCCCUGAUCCACGGGCUCAAUCGCCACUACUAUUCGAUUAGCAUAAAUUACCGUAAAAAUGAAUUAGAACAGAAAAUGCUUUUGAAUCUGCAUAAGAAGUCGUGGAUGGAUGGCUUGAGGCUGGCCGAUUACAAUGAACAUUGUACGAUCAACGAGAAUACAGUCGCCGAAAUGCUGGAAUUGGCGAAAAAUUAUAAUAAGGCCCUGGAAGACGAAGAGAAAAUGACGCCCGAACAGCUAGCGAUCAAGAAUGUCGGCAAACAGGAUCCAAAACGACAUUUGGAGGAGAAAGUCGACAAAGUCAUGCAAAACAAUAUCGUCCAGUGUCUGGGGGCGAUGCUGGAUUCGGUCGUUUUCAAAUGAUUCAUUUGCGUGGAUGUGCGUUUCAUGACUGCGGUUUUAUUCUAUAAUUUUUUUCCACCCAUUUCGCAUUUUGUUGCUGUUCAGAUUUCAUCUUGAACCAGACAAGUUUGAUUCGAUGUGCGUCUUAUUUAACGAAUAAUUCAAUUGAUAAUUUUGAUCGAGUACUUUGUAUAAAGGAAUUAAAAAUAUUGAAAAUAUAAAUUUACAAGAAAUAGGAA